GUGAAAGCUAACGUACGAAACCAGAGGGCAGACAGGAUGCGAUCGCUCCACCCUGCCCGUGAGCAAUCUCCCAACUCAUGUCUGUAUAUACUACUCUCUGAUAGAAUAAUUUAAAACAAAAUGUAAAAUGACCAAAAGUGGACCGCGAGAAAUGAUUUCCAAUGAAACUGAUGAAUCUACACACAUCGAAGAGCAGCCAAUGACUGAAAAAGAAGAAUUCAGCCACACGGAACUGGUUAAAUUAACUAAGGAAGCACUUGAAAAAAUAAUCGAGAGCGAUCCCCUGUUUUCUGGUUUACCUGCAGAUGUUACAAUCGAAGAGCUCAGGGCACAAACUGCCGUUGCUCAGGGCCAAGCAAUAACGUUAUUCUUAAAUCGAGGAGAAUUACCAAAACUUGCCAUUGUAGUACCCUUACACAAUACUACUGUCUUGGAUUUGAAGAAGGCAAUACGUCGCCAUACAAACUUAGCGUUAAAGCGAAAAAAUGUACAGAAGAAGGUAAGUUGGAAACACGUUUGGAAGAAAUAUCAUAUUAUGUUCAAUGAUGUUCCUUUAACCGAUGAUUCUGAAAACAUUCGGAAUUAUGGAAUUAGCAAUAAAGUAGAACUACAUUAUAGUAAACGUCGCAGAAGGAAAAACAAAGUAGUUUAAAAGAAUUGUAUAGAUGCUUCAUUUAUACUUUCAAACUGUAUUUUAAUUAUUUGUUACGAUGUCUUAAACUUCAAACUAAUAAAUGAAUAAUAUGAUAUUCUUAUUUUCAA